AAGUGGGGUAUGAAGAGGGUAGUAUGUACGCAGACCUUACCCCUACCUUGGGUAGAGAGGUUGUUUCCGAUAAAGUACUGUCUUUACUUGAAACAAUCCUCAAAGCACUCAAAAAAUCCCGGGAUGGCUCAAGAUUGAUGAGCCACAAGUUCAGAAGAAGGAUAGCAGAAUCAAGAACAGAACUGACUUGAAAAAUAAAAUGAAAACUUUUGGCACAAGGUCAAGAACAAGCGUCGAGCAGCCGACUAAUUCUCCCUCUGAUUAUGCAUCAAGCCCUCAACAUCCAUCUUAUAUUGUUGAGUCUCCCACAUCGGCUAAGGGAUGGGGGACUUGGUCUCCUUAUAUGGCUUGGGCAAUCCUCACCUCAUGAGCUAGCUUUUGGGUUGAGUUAGGCCCAAUGUCCAUAUCUUAUCAUAUAUGAAGGCAACUAGCUGUUCUAAAGGGAAAAGGGGUCAUUUCCAAGCAAGUUCUCACAGUUCUGAAUCUAGCUUUCAUAGUAGUGAUCAAAGUUGUAGUCCAUCUUAUUUUCAAUCAGAUUCUUCAGCUUCAUCUAGUCGAACAUCUAGCUUUAGAAGUGUGAUGAUUUUGAUAAACAAGCCUAGUUCUAAAUCCAAGAUGUUUAACUCAAAUUACUGGACAAAGUGAAUCAGACAGGAUUUCAAAAGUGAGAGUUUGUUCAUACCAUCACCGUUAAUGAUCCGUCGCCCCCAGUAAAGCGUCUCUAUACCAGGAAAAGACUCAUUAAAAUCACAGAAAAGCAUUAGACUAGUGGGUGAGUCUGCAAAAGGAGAUCAACUUUCUGUUGAUGGAAAUGGAAAGACGCCGCUGACCCCAAGUCAACUAAAGAUGGAAGCUGUGUUAUGCAAGGUGGAGUUUACGGAGAAAAUGAGGCAAUUGAAUUUACUGGUCUUGCUGAAAUUGCAUUUGGUGAAACUUCAUUUCCAGAGAGAAGUUACCAGGAGACAAUCAACAUAAUGAGGAAAUAUUCUACAUUAGAGCAGGACAUAUUGUUUAAGUGCUACAAUUGUAUAGAAGGAGACUGGGAUGAUUGCACUUCUGUUAGUGAUGUUGAUGUAGGUUCGAGCAAUCACAGUGUAACAGCAUCAAUUGUUUGCGAUGACGAGGACAUAGAUGCUGAUUUCUAUCAUAUGCUUUCACUGCCACUUCUCAUCAAUUCAGAUGACAAUGUCACUAUCAAUAGAGAACUGUCUAAGAAUGAACCAUUUGCCAUUAAAACAAGAUUGGUAUGCGAUGAUCUUGUUGCAGCAAAAUGUAGCACUGAUUUUUCUUCUGCUUCAGCUAGCGACACUGGAAUGGAACUCAGAGAGAAUUUGAAAGAGAAGGAUGGCAAAGCUAAUCUAACCGAGCACCUUGACAACGCGUCAUGUCCAAUAGGAGAUUCUGAAUCCAGGAAUUAUCCUCUAACUGAAGAUGCUGAAUCCAAUGCCUCGGUGCAGAAACUGAAUAUACCUCAGUUUGCAAAAGAGAAGCAUAGGAGCAUGUGGAGCCUGAUUCAUAGACAUAUGAUCCCUGAUGUAUCUACAGAAUUGGAUAGCAAACUGACCUAUGGAGCCGGUGAAGAAAAUCACAAGAAUGAGGGCAACAAAUCAUGUGCUGCUGAAAGUUCUGUUUCAUUUUUGAAUUUUUUCGAGCGAGAAUCAGUGACUACAAAUCAGGAUGCGGAUAACCAGGAGAUUGAAGUGCGCAAGAUUUUCGCCAUUAAGAUAGUACGAGAAGCAAUUGAGAGAAUUCUUAUUCCAGAAGUUCAAGACCAGUCAUCAGAUGAUCAAUCGGUAACAAGUGAAGUCUGUACCGAAGAAAACUUCAAGGAGUCCGACACCAAGAAUGAAGAAUGUGAUAAGGCAUCUCAGUCAGAUGAAGGAAGUAUUAGCUUCUGAAUGUGAGGCAAGAGAAAGUACUACUGUAUCCAGCGAUGAGAACGAAAAAGAGAACUGAAUCGGAAGGUGAUUAUGGUACAUACAGAAGACAAGUGAACAAACAGAAGUACAUCAGUAUGUGGCACAUGAUAUCACAGCAUGUACUAUCAGAUGUUAUAUCAAAAGUAGGGAGCGAACUACUUGAUGGAACGGAUGAUGAGGUAGAAGACAAUAACACACCAGCUACAAUGAACACCGGCAACUCACUUCAAGAUUCCUAAGAAAGGAUGAUGCAGAUACAAAUAGGGAAGACCCUUAUACGAGCCACUACACGAGAAGUUUCAGCAGAAAUGAUGCUGUCAAUCUCAUAAGAGAAGCAGUUAGUCAAAUCCUAACAACAUCAACUCAAGAUGAUUCAUCUGAUACACAGAGUGUCACUAGUGGAGAGCAAAAUAGUUCAAAUUCCUUUUGUGAAAGCUUGAGACAUCAUGAAAUGAAUGAAGGAGGAAUUGUGUUAGGUCAAUAUAGCCGCUCUGACUACGGUCACUAGGUCAUGUAUGUAUUUAGUAGUAAAACCUUUUUGCAAUCCUUAUGGUUUUUGUUGUGGAUUUAUAAUUAAAAGAUUGACUGAUCAGUAUAUGAUCAAUGAAAA